AUGAGGUUUUCUCACCAUUUUCCAGUCACAAGCAUCUCAUAAACACGCCUGAGCCACCGCCACCAUCAUCACCACCACUAUAAAACCAGGUAUGCAUAUCGGAUCCUCCCAAACUCCUCUAAUUCCCAAAACCGAAUCCAAACCCGAAUCCGAACCAACCUCAAUGCCUUCCUCCGACUCCUCCGAUCCAACUCCAACUCCAGACAACUCCCGGCUGAUCUUCAUAUCGGAUCCGGAUCUAACUCACCGUGAAUCCAACCCGUCUCCCAACUCCAUCCACACUACUAAGUACUCAAUCCUCACCUUCAUCCCUCGCAACCUCUUCGAACAGUUCCGCCGUGUCGCCUAUAUAUACUUCCUCCUCCUCGCUCUCCUCAACCAAAUCCCUCAGCUCACCGUCUUCGGCCGCGAAACCGCCUUCGUUCCUCUCGGCGUCGUCCUCUUCGCCACCGCCGUGAAGGAUGCUUACGAGGACUACUGCCGCCACCGCUCCGACAAAGCUGAGAACCGUCGCACCGCCUCUGUUUUCUCCCUUUCAUCUCUCUCCUUUGUCUCUGUCCCUUGGAAGCAUGUACGUGCCGGCGACAUCGUCAGAGUCGUCGCCGAUGAGGCGAUUCCUUGUGAUCUUGUCUUGUUGUCUACUAGUGAUAGUUCCUCCGGUGCUGCUUACGUGCAGACGUUGAAUCUUGAUGGUGAGUCUAAUCUCAAAACUCGGUAUGCUCUUCAGGAAACCCUAGAUAGGGGUGCUGAAUCUUGGGUUGGGGAUGGCCGGGCGCUUGCUGUUAUCCGCUGUGAGAUGCCGAAUCUCAACAUUUAUGGUUUCCAUGCUACUAUUGAGAUCGAUGGCCGGAAAAUCCCUCUUGGUCCUAACAAUGUUGUGCUGCGUGGGUGUGAGAUUAAGAACACCCGGUGGAUCAUCGGCGUUGCGGUUUAUACUGGGAUGGAGACGAAGGUCAUGCUUAAUAACUCUGGCGCUCCGUCGAAGCGGAGCCGGCUUGAGACCCGGAUGAAUCGCGAGAUCCUCAUGCUCGCUGGGAUUAUGGUCGUGCUUUGCACUGUCGUCGCUACCUGCACCGGCGUUUGGCUUCAUCAGAACCGUGAUAACCUUGAUACCCUGCCGUUUUAUCGGAAGAGGGAUUUCUCCGGGAGAACGGAGAAGGACUAUCUCUAUAGUGGGAUUGGGCUGGAGAUACUCUUUGCCUUCGUGAAAUCCAUUUUCUCGUUCCAGAACUUCAUUCCGAUCGCGCUCUACAUAUCCAUGGAGAUUGCGAGGGUCAUGCAGUCGUAUAUGAUGACCAAGGACAAGAAUAUGUACCAUGAGGCCACUGAUACUAAGUUCCAAUGUAGAGCUCUCAACAUCAAUGAGGAUCUUGGCCAGAUCAAGUAUGUGUUUUCCGAUAAAACCGGGACGCUCACGGAGAAUAAGAUGGUGUUCCAGUGUGCUAGUAUUGAUGGAGUGGAUUACAGCUGCGCCGAGGAGCCUGUGGCCGGCCAAGUCGCUCCCCACCCCACAGUAGUUGAUGGUCAGGUGUGGAGACCGAAGAUGGUGGUCAAUACUGAUCCCCAGUUGAUGCACUUGUUGGAAACUGGGAAGGGGACGGAGGAGUGGAUGCAUGUGUACUAUUUCUUCAUUGUUUUGGCGGCUUGUAACACUGUUGUGCCCCAGGUGUCUGAGACUUCAGAGCAGACUGUGAAGCUGAUAGAGUAUCAGGGAGAGUCCCCUGAUGAGCAGGCUCUGGUUUACGCUGCGGCUGCUUAUGGUUUUGUGCUUAUAGAAAGGUCCUCAGGGCACAUAGUCAUCGAUGUUCUUGGGGAGAGGCAGAGGUUCACACUUUUGGGGCUUCAUGAAUUUGAUAGUGAUCGCAAGAGGAUGUCAGUUAUAGUUGGCUGUGGUGAUCAGACAGUAAAGUUAUUUGUGAAAGGUGCUGAUAAUGCAAUGCUAAAUGUUAUUGAUAAGACAUUGGAUUUGCACAAAAUUCGCGAAACUGAGACUCAUCUUCACAAGUAUUCAUCUUUGGGUCUACGGACAUUGGUUAUUGGUAUCAGAGAGCUAAGUACAGUUGAGUUUGAGGAGUGGCAGCUUGCUUAUAAUAAUGCAAGUGCUUUGUUAUCUGAGAGAGCAGAGUCACUUCGAGCUGUUGCGCUCAAAAUUGAAUGCAGCCUCCACAUAUUAGGGGCAUGUGGUAUUGAAGAUAAGCUACAGCAAGGUGUGCCUGAAGCUAUAGAAUCUCUGAGGCAGGCAGGGAUUAAGGUCUGGGUUCUGACAGGGGACAAACAAGAAACUGCAAUCUCCAUUGGUUAUUCUUGUAAGCUUCUGACAGAUGAUAUGACUCAGAUUAUCAUAAACAGUGAUUCUAAGGAAUCAUGUAAGAGUACUCUUGAGGAUGCAAUUUCUAUGUGUGAGAAAGUCAUUGCAACAUCCCUGGAAACAGAAAAUAUGAAAGGGCACAUGGAAUCUCAAAGGGUUCCUGUAGCACUCAUAAUUGAUGGUCCCACAUUGGUCUUCAUUCUUGAAACCGAAUUGGAAGAAGAGCUGUACAAGUUGGCUACAGCAUGUGAUGUUGUUUUGUGUUGCCGAGUAGCUCCACUGCAAAAGGCUGGAAUCGUCUCACUUAUGAAGAAAAGAACCACUGACAUGUCUCUUUCUAUUGGGGAUGGUGCCAAUGAUGUCUCAAUGAUUCAAAUGGCGGAUGUUGGGAUUGGCAUCAGUGGUCAGGAGGGACGACAAGCUGUUAUGGCCUCGGAUUUUUCCAUGGGGCAGUUUAGGUUUUUGGUGCCCCUCCUACUGGUCCAUGGCCACUGGAAUUACCAGCGUAUGGCAUACAUGAUUUUAUACAACUAUUACAGGAAUGCUGUUUAUGUGUUCAUGCUUUACUGGUAUAUGUUCUUCUCAGAUGUCAGUUUGUACAAUCCAAUUAAUGAUGCCAAUGGGCUACUAUAUUCCGCAAUAUACACUGCUCUUCCAACCAUUAUAGUUGGAAUUUACGAUCAAGACUUAAGUUCAAGGACUUUACUGAAGUACCCGAAACUCUACAAAGCUGGAUUGCAAGACGAAAGCUACAACUUCAAGUUGUUUUGUCUAUGCAUGGCGGAUACCAUUUGGCAAAGUCUAGUUCUUGUGUUUGCCCCUUUCUUUACUUACGGACGUCUCUUAGAUAAUUCCACCUUAGGAGACGUAUGGAUCCUUGCAGUCGUUGUACUGGUUAACGUUCAUCUGGCCAUGGACAUCAUCCGGUGGAAUUGGACCAUGCAUGCAAUCAUCUGGGGCUUAACAAUUCUGACUUUCUGUUGUGUUAUAGCUAUUGACACCUCACCAAUUUCGCCGGGCUACAAUGCUGCACUGCAUACGCUGGGAUCCAAAACAUUCUGGCUUCUACUACUAAUGAUCAUUGCAUUGGCAUUCCUUCCUCGCUUCCUGGUCAAGACAUACAGUGAGUAUUUCCGACCUAGUGAUAUUCGCAUAGCCAGAGAAAUUGAAAAAUUCGGAAACCCAAAUGAAGUAAGAUCACAAGUCGCCGAGAAUCCUUCAACUGAUCACCGUCAAUGAGAGCUCCGGUAAUCCCCUUGGCAUUCUCCUCUCCUUUUUACUUUUCCGUAUUUUAUAGGUCACUGCUUUCAUUACUGAGAACUUAGUAGACUAUGCAUGGAUUAUAUAUGUAUAGUGACUCUUGAAGGGAUGGUUUUCAUUUAUCCCACUGUAAACCAAAUAUGAUGUAGCAUUGUUAGACUGAUACGGUUGAUCAACUUGUUUUCAAUUUUGGCUUCAUUGUCUUGAAGUUGUGGACCUUGAUUAUGCAUCAUUAAUCCAUUGGAAUUUCUUGUGUAGAUGUAAAA